UAACGCACUACUUUCGCAAUCUCAGUUUACAGGGGACUCAGCCGCCAUUGUAUCGAGAAGACGAAGGUGUAUAAGUGUCAAAACUGUGACUAGAUCUUCGAAAAUAUGAGUGAACCGAUGGAUCCAGACUUGUUCCCAUGACUGGGAAUUGUACCACAAUCACCAGCCUUUGUGUUGAGGGGAUAUUGUGCUUCCUAACAAUCGUGGAAGGCAAUUACAUCAACAUAUUUUAGUGCUGUUGUUGACCGAUAUCCAGCGAGCUCUAUCAGACAUGUAAAACAAGUACAAGAAAAUAGGAUGGCUGGAGCCUUUCCAGACUGUUUGAACAUUGCUGAGUGUACCCAACGUGAAUAUUCAUUUUCCACACAUCUUCUUGGCAGACUUACAACCAUGGCUAUAUUACAUACAUCGCCGAAUCCGCAGAAGGUGUUUUGACAGGCGAUCAUGCCUGUAGGCCUAUAUCGAAACCUCCGCAUUAGCGAGAAACUGUGAGUAUUUGAUUCUUCUCAUUCGCCGAAAAGGAUCGACGAGUUGAAUAAUAGUGUAUUAUUCUUUGGUUGUUUAUAAUCUACAUCUGUCUCGGAUAUAGUGUGAUUCCGGAUGAAAUCACGAUGGAGAAGUUAGAUGAGGAAACCCCGACUCGGUUUGUCUUCUGUGUGGCACACACGAGUGACAGAAAGGGACUGACCAUUCAGUACAUCAGGUACAGACUGUUACAUGAUUUAUUUAUUUAGCCUUUGUUUACAUUUUGAGUUAUUUUGGUUUGUCUGGAAUUUCAAAAUGAACAAAGGUCAGUUUGAACAGACUGUAAAUGGAUCUCUAGACAUGCCCCAAGAUAAAGCACAUGAUGGACCAGGGGAAACGGGAAAGUCAACACGGUCCCCUGUCUUCUUGAAUAAGGGAAAGAGAGGUUCUGGUGACAUGGGUCAGAAAUUCAGUAUUCGUAAAGUAGACAGACGAGCAAAUGGGAAUAAACAGUCUCCAGAGCGGAUAAGCCAUGAGAGGUCCUCAACAGGAAGUAGAAUUAAGAGGGACAGGAGGUGUAUAUCCGAUGAUAUAACUGGCAAGUCUUUGCAGUCUGAGAAGACUAUUGGAAAGAAGACAAGCCGAUUUGUGGUUAGCAAUGUGGAAGCAAAAGAUGAAAUAUUGAAAAAGGAUAGAUCAUCAAGUCUACCAGGAUCAUCUGCGUGUAUUGAGGAAAAGGAAGUGUCAAAUGUUGAUAAUCCCAAAGUGAAAGAAAUUACCGUCAAACAAGAUAGUAAAGCUAGGACUAGGUCGUCAACUGAAAAUUUAAAAGACGGUUCAAAUGAGAAUCUUUCCAACAGAAUUAGAUCAAUGCAAAGAAAGGAUACCAGUGCUCAAAGUCAGGAAAACAAAUUAGAGGAACGUUGUUUGGUGAUCAAACCUGAUAAGUCUUCAACAACUAUUGGGAAGGACACUGAGAUCAACAGUUCAACACCUGUUCGAUAUCAUCGUUUUAUCAGUGAACCUUCUAAACCUGUAAAAAGAAGUGUUAAAAUUGAUAAUGUAGAAAGUAAUGCUGUCACGGAAGAAUUGCGUUCAGCGCUAUCCAGUCGGAGUAAUGUCAUGUAUGUGAAUGAUGCAGAUAGCCAUGGCCCUGAUGUUAGUAUAUCUGAUCAGAGUGUUUCCAUAGAUAGUGAUACAGCUUUGAGGUUACAGCUUGAAGCUGAUUUCAAAUUACGUAAAGAAGAAGAAAAAGAAGGUGAAAAAAGGAAGGAUGAGAGUGAGGAAAAUCCGUUGUCAUCUUCACCGGGUGGAAGGUUUCUUAAAUUUGAUAUUGAGAUUGGCCGUGGUUCUUUCAAAACAGUGUUCAAAGGAUUGGAUAGCGAAAAUGGAGUAGCAGUGGCAUGGUGUGAACUACAGGAUCGACCUGUAUUUUCAUCGGAUGACAAGAAAUGGAACAAGAGUGAGCGCCAGAGAUUCAAAGAGGAAGCUGAAAUGUUAAAAGAACUGCAACAUCCCAACAUUGUGAGAUUUUAUGAUUACUGGGAAAAAACAGACCGACGAAAUAGAAAAGUGAUCAUCCUGGUAACAGAACUGAUGACUUCGGGAACAUUAAAAACCUACAUCAAGAGAUUCAAGAAGAUCAACAUCAAGGUAUUGAAGAACUGGUGCCGGCAGAUCUUGAAAGGAUUGUACUUUCUGCAUACACGAACCCCCCCUGUGAUACAUAGAGACUUGAAAUGUGACAACAUUUUCAUUACUGGUACGACUGGCUCUGUCAAAAUAGGAGAUCUAGGACUAGCAACUUUGAAGAAUAAAUCGUUUGCCAAAAGUGUAAUCGGUACGCCGGAGUUCAUGGCACCCGAAAUGUACGAAGAACACUAUGAUGAGGCAGUAGAUGUUUAUGCUUUCGGAAUGUGUAUGCUUGAGAUGGCGACGUCAGAGUACCCAUACAAGGAAUGUACUAAUGCUGCUCAAAUCUACAGAAAAGUUACCAGUGGUGUACGUCCAGAAGCCUGUGAUAAAGUAGACAAUCCUGAAAUCAGAGAUAUUAUUGAGGGUUGCAUCAAGCAAAAAAGAGAAGAAAGGUACACUGUGAAGGACUUGCUUCAGCAUGUCUUCUUCUUGGAAGACAGUGGUUUGAAGGUGGAGCUGGUCAACCGGGAUGAUGAACUCGCAGACCGUCCAAUCAUUCAGCUCAGACUUCGAGUUGUUGAUCCCAAGAAACGCAAAGACAAGCACAAGGAAAAUGAAGCCAUCCAGUUUGAUUUUCAUUUGGAUAAGGAUAAUGCUGAAGAGGUUGCUCAAGACAUGGUAAAAUCUGGAUUUCUUCAAGAGGAAGAUGAACGUAAUGCAACAAAACAGAUCCGUGAAAGAAUUGCUCAAGUGAAACGUGAGAGAGAGAAGUUGUUGAAUGAAGUUCAGCCUCCUGUAUCUGGUCAAGGAAUGGACACUUCAGCUCCCCAACACACCUCGCAGAUCCAGGUAACCGGUGGUCAUCAGCCUGGUCAGCCUCAACCUAAUGUGUCUCAACAGCUAGUCCAGGGGCAGGUUCCCCCAGCUGGCAAUAAGACGCAGGUGGUGGGUGUGGUUGGAGGGGGUCUGAGUGCAGCACCUGGCAUACAGGGGGGCGUGGCAGAGGGGGGCGGACAACAGCAGUUACCAGCAGAGGAUGUAGUAAAUGUCGCUGCAGCUAUCUCGGAAAGUAAAUCCGAAGUUAACUUGCCAAACUUGCAACAGUCACAGCAGCUGUCAGGUGGAUCAGCUCCCAAUAUUCCACAGCAGGUUCAAACAAGCAUAUCAGGCACAGGGCAGGAUGAUGGUCAAUUCAUGUCGGUCCAACAGCAGACAUCGCAAACAUCUCUACAAUCCCAGGUGUCACAGGGAAUGUUAGGCAGUUUGACACCUCAGGAGGUGCAGUCCCCUCAGAAAGGUGUGGCAGGUUCUCGGCACUACCACCAAGGACCUUACUCUGCUCCCCAGACCCCUGUAAAAACCAGAUUGCAGGCCAAGGCAAGUAACUUGAGCCACUUGGACAUCAUUGCUGCUCAGCAACUUCAACAAGGAGGUACUCAAACCGGCUCCUCCGCACCCCAGUCGUCAAUGUCAGGCACAUCCCAGCUCCCCUCCAGCCACUCUGCGGGCUGUUUGCAGGACGAUGCAACACACUCCAACAGAGAAAGAAUAAAAAAUGGGUGUGAGACAGGUUGUGCAUUUGGUAAAUUGUGUGAGAAUGAAGCUCCAGGAUCCAAUACUCAAGACAAGUCCAAGAGGAAAUCCCGGCCCAAACGGCGGAAGACUCUUGAGAAAGUUCCCAGAGCUACGAUUCUUAGUGUGGCUGCCGACAAUGAGGUUGAGUGCAGGCUGGAACUAUCCAACAGAAACACUGUCACUUUCACAUUUUCUUUGGAAAAUGAUAAGCCUGAGGAGAUUGCUGAAAAUUUGGUUGGCGCUGAGUUGUUGCUGAGCAGCCAGGUGACUGGUGUGAUAGAGCUCCUCCAGCAGGUGUUUGCUCUGGUUGGCCAGGACCCAUCAGCCUCUGUGUCAAUCUGUGUCAGUGUGGCCAACACACCUACGUCCAGUCCCAGCUCGGUCAGGAGGGUCAGGCAGGUCAUGGAUGGAGACUCAGUUAAGAGGCUUGAGUUUGACCAUGCUGGGACUGAUAGCUCUGGAGUUGCUUCUCAUACAGACUGUGGAGAGAUGCAGGACUCCACAGUGGUCUUCAGUAAGAGCAGGAAGUUCAUUGUAAGCCGGGUCUGUGAUUCACACCUUUCGGAGACCAAGAUUACUGAAGAUGAAGGAGAGGAGCACACCAUAUCCCCAGACAACAUGCCCAGCUCUGCUACCCAUGUCGGCGAACCAGAUACAAUCAAUCCUGAGUAUGAGAAAUCAUGGAAGAGCACAACUGCACGGUCUGAUGUGCCAAUUGAUAUCUCUGAUCUGCAUGAAAAACUGACCAAAUUGACAUCACAGAGAGUGGCAGGUCAGGCAAGCAGUCAGGCAGUGACUCCAGGUGAUGUUGGGCCUCAGGGUGGACAGAUGGAGGGUCAGUUGAUAGAUGGACAAGGUAGACCUCAACAACAAUCACCGCAUGUUCAGCAGCCAUCCACCUCUCUGCAGUCUCAGUCACAGACUCAGCAGCAGGUUCAGUCGCAAGAUGCACCAUCAGGUGUUUCUUCCGACAGUAGUCAGACCACUCCAGCUGCACAGAGUCAGGGUGUGCCUAUGAUGAAUCCCUACAUGCAUGGUGCACAACAGAUGCUGCAGUACCAGGGCAUGAUGCCACAUUAUCAGGGCCUCUACUACCCACCCUAUUAUGCAAAUACUGAUCCCAUGCUGCAGAUGCAGAUGCAUCAACAGAUGAUGCAGCAGUACAUCAUGAUGAACCAGAUGCAGCAACAGCCCCAGUCCUCGCAACAGGCCAAUCCCCUGCCUCCUCAAUAUUUGAUUCCCCAAGGAUGGAUGUACCAAGGUCAGAUGCCCAUGUAUACAACAGCAGCCAUGGGUUCCCAACAGUCUCAAGGUGUAGCUCCAGCUCAAGGGCAUGUCCCGGAAACUGGUGUCCUAGGCCAGAUUGUAUCUCCUCCACGAUCACCUGGCCAGUCUCGGAAAGCAAUGUCAGAGGAUGGUUCAUCAGACGGCUCUAUUCACAGUACAGAUGGUCAGAGUAGAAAGGGGGAUUUAGCUAACCUUGAGCAAGCAUUGAUCAAAAAGUUACAUGGCAAUAGGAAGGAUGUUCAGCAAACAUCAACGGCACAUACAAUGCCUAUAAUGACAAUGUCAGCUACAGGGGGCCAGAUUGAAGGUGGUAGUGUUCACAUGACGGAUGAAAUGCAACAGACAGACUUAAGUCCUUCUAACGGUGAUGCAGGAGGAUUUGUAAAUAAUGAUGUAUGUGUACAUUCAGAUGGUAAUGAGACCAAUGAGGACUUGUCAUCAACCAUUGAAAUCCAGACAUCCGUGAAAAGGAGGUCACGGUUCACGGUUGAGGCAGUGUCAGAGGACAAGAUAGCAGUAGAUCAGACAAGUUCAGAUACUGAUAUUUCUGUGUCCUGUAGUGGUGAAACUCUUGACCAAUUUGACAGGAGUAAUUUACAGGAAAAUGUGCCAAAUAUAACUUCCAGAAAGGGACGAUUCUCAGUGACAACUGUGAAAGACAGUGUGACAAUAGGUCCUUCCCAGUCACUGGACGAAGAAGAUGGGCAUUUGGUGGAGGUUAUGACCACUAACACACCAGAUACUGUAUCUAUUCCAUCUCAGACUACUAACAAAACUGAUGAAGGAUCGCAAGGUGCAGGCAUGCUCAAAGCUACUGGUUCUGUGACCACUCAAGAAGGGAAAGAGGCCAAAAAAGAUAUGUAUGUUCUACAUCAUGAUCCAGAGUACAAUAACAUGAUCCUAAGACAGAAGAAGCAGAUAAACGAACUGCACCUGAAGCACAAGAAAGAGAUGGAGGAGUUUCUGAAGAAUAAAGGCAUAUCUUUACCUAGUAUGAUGCCACAUACGGUGGCCUCUCCAAUGAUGAGUCCAUUGACUGUGCAUACAAUGUCCCCUGCGUUGCUGUCCAUGGCGUCAACACGGACAUCAGUUCCAAGUGCCACUUCCCAAAAGGCGGAUCAAGGUGGUCAUGGGCAGGUGGAAAAGCCAAAAGGUACAUUUGAUGAGGAACUGUUUAAAAGAUAUGCAGAUUUGACUCGAUCAAACACACAUUCUACAGCCAAACCUGAUACUACCAAAAAAUCCUUAAAUGAACUGAAACAGGAGCAGGAGUUUCCUUGGGACAACUCUUUGAGUUUACAAGCCUCAUCUAGUGCCCAUGCUGAUAGUUCUGUGCAUCUCAAUCGUGUGCGGAGUGCGGCCAAGCUCCACACAGAGACUUCGGACCUGAAAGCGUCUGAUAGAAUGGGUGGUGAAAACCGUGAAGGGUCAAAUGAGAGUAGUCGGAAAUCCAGUGUUGAUCUUUCCUCCUUGCCGACUUCCAUUCCAGAAAUGCUGAGACAACAACCUCAUCAUCAGAUGAUGCAUCCAUAUCUUCACCAAGGCUUACCGCCUUUUUUCCCCUUUCAAUAUCAAGGCUUUAUUGCAGGUGCCAAUGCUCAGCAAAUAUCUCAACCUUUUCAGUUGCAAGGCUCGUUUCCAGGAAUGAUGGCAAACCCCCAGACGCAAACAGUUAACUCUGCUGCUGCACAUGGAUCAUUUGCUCCCAUGCAGAAUGCCUUUCCUGUCCAGUCUCAGCAACAGCAACAACAGCAGCCACAGCAGCUUCCAACAUCAUCACAGCUGCCAGCACAACAGGCACAGGCACCUCAGACGUCAGGCAGUUCAUCCAAUUCUGCUUUGAACAAUCAGCAACCGAGCAAAGGCUAAUCCACAUGCCAAAUGUCUUUCAUAACAGCAGGUGUUACGAAUUAUACCAUCUCUGGGUAUCCCAGAGAAGUAAGUAUCUGAUCUAGCUGUGCUCAUCAAUCCAUGAAGUUUGAGAGGGAAACAGAAGUGGAUGGAGGUUUAUUACAGCCUGCCAUUUUCCUUAUCACAGCAAAGUGCAUUGCUGCUUGAACCCAUUCCCAGUAUUACCAAAUGUCUGUGUAUGCAAAUAGAUGGAUCUAGCCUAGCUGUACUUAAGUCAGGCCUUUAGUAAGCAAAUGACCAAGACAUUUGGAAACAUCGGCUCCUGACCACUGUAGGACAACAAUCACUCACAUCUAGUCUUCCUAGGAAACCUCUGCAUCCCUACGUUGGUCACUGGUAAUCAGGAGAUAGUCCAAAAACAUUUGGACAAGUUUCGGGGUAUAUCAAGGAGAGACAUAUAUCUUGGACUAGAAUGGGUUACUUUGUAAUAUAUGUACUGAAUUCUAUAGAGAGUGCAGUCCCAACAUUGUGCAUAUUCCAUGGGACCUUUCCUCAUUACUCCUGUUGCUUGAGCCUGCAAGUGGUGUGGCAUUGACACUGUUUGUUAUUCUGUUACAUGACUUUACCUUUUGCAAUAGUUCUGCAAGUUCCAGUUCUCUUAUUAUGAACAACAGUAUUACAGGCUUAAAAAUCAAGAGCACUGCGAUACUAAAUCUUGCUGUAAACUUACCAGUGAUUUAAACUAAUUCCUAAGACAUUAAGAAUAUUUUGCUGACACACAUAAGCAAAGUGGGCUACUCACAAGAAUCAUCUGGCAUAUAAUUUUACCUCCUCUUUCAACUCUUCUGCUAAAGUGUUGAUACCUUGACAGUUUAUUGUAGUAUUUAUUGCGGCAGAAUUGAAACAAAAGUGCUCAGCAUUGUGUAGUUUGUAGCUGUGCCUUGCAAUCUGUGAUUAAUUUUCCUGUACAUUGAUCUGAAGUACACGUUAGCAUGUGCAAGUGAAGUAGCAAAAGAAAAUUUCAUUGAGUCUGUUCAUAGGAAAUUGAACAAGAAUUUGUGAUUACCUUUCCUGUACAUUGAUCUGAAGUUCAUACUAGUUGCCAUGUGCAAGCAAAUAUCUUAAUUGAUGUUUUGAAUGCGCUGUUGAUGGGAAUUUUGCUCAUAAGUACUUGUAAUCUAUGCCCGAGUCAAGCUGCAAUACAACUCUUGUUGACAAUUUGCCACUGAUAGUGCUAAGAUAUCUUCAUGCAUCUAUAUUAUAUAUUUUGACAGAAGUUAUGUUUCUUUAUUUGACGCUGUAUCAUUAAUUAGAUAUAUAUGUGGCAGGUCUUUUGUUUUGUCUUCAUCUAAUAUGAGCAUUUUGGAUCAAAUUAUUUACCAGGGUAGCAUGUGGUUAUUUUUGACAAACUUGUGUUAUAUCAGUUUUGAGACCUCAGAUUUUAAGACACAAUCAAUACUUAUUGCUAAAUUCUUACUUGAUAUGAUGUAUGUAUGACUAUAGAAUAAAUUGCUUAUGUUGAUGUAAUAAGAUGGAUGAAUAUUUUUAUGAUAUUAAUGGUUAUUAAUAUUGCAUACUGAGAUUACAAGUUUAAGAAUGAUUCAUUUAUGUGAAUGAUUACACAUGAUCAUGAUAAUAGUUUCUUGUUAUUUCUUGUUUAUUUUGGAUAAUUGCAUAAUACUUUGGGUACUCCUUGUUAGACAAAAUCCUUGUAAAUCUGUUUCAUGUAAUUUGAAAUGUUUGAUGUACCUUCAGAAAUAACUUGGACGAGUCAAUAUCAGCCAUGUAGACAGGUUUAAGUGAAAAAUAUCAAGAAACAAUCAGAUCUGUUAUCAAAGCAUGUGUACAUUCAGCUUCUUCUUUGGUACAUGUAAUGAUUAUUAUUAUUAUGUAAAUGUUCAAGCAGGUCCUGGUAUAAUGGAAAUAGAUCACUAACUGAAAAACAUUCUAAAUUUUGAAGCGUUUUCUGUCAUAUAGAUUAUCUUGUGAAAUGUUAAUGUUGAAGUACUUUCAUGAGUAAGAAAUACUAACUUUGUUCAGACCUUUCUCAAUUAGAGAUUAAAUAUUAAUUUUUCUGAUCUAAGCAUGUUUCAUAACACUAUAUUUAUUGGCUGGCAAAAUAUAGCCCUUCUCAUUUUAACAAAAUCUAACAGAUUUCCAAAGUGUCAAAUGAGGUUUGCUGUAUCCAAUACACUGGUGACUGUGCAAUGAAGGGAAUUACAAAUGGUAUUGAAAGGCAAGACUACAGAUGAAGUUGGUCUCCGACUUAUUUCCUCCUUAUUUAGUUCCCUAUUUAAUGUGUGUUUUCCUUGUUGAUAAUGAGUUUGAUUGCCUCUAAAUGCACCCUAAACCCUGCCUGUCUUGCACUUAAGGUAAUUAACAUUGUGAUAAUCCACAUGCAGAAGAAAGAAGAGAUUGUAAUGUUGGUUGCUGGCCUUUUAAUGUUCUAUUUUUGGAUUUAUCUCAGAAACAAUGCAAAUAAGAAGCUUUUGCAGUAAAAACAAUGAAAUUGUUCCAACAACAUCA